GUCGAGGCGAACAAAAGCAAACUCCCUAAAACUACUGCGCAGUGCCUCAAACGGACCAAUGCCAUCAUCUUUAGUACGGCUCCUUGCAAGAGAUAUACGAGCUUUUGUCAUCCUCCAAUUCACCAAUGUUGUUUUUAUUUAUAAAGAUCGACCCGAUCAGCGUCUAGCACUUGGCCAAAGUUUGAUUAGUGUCCUGCAGCUUCGCCCUGUGGCCCACCCCCUUUCCCCGAUCAUAGCAUUUUCCCCCAGAAUUUCCCGGCACCCGAUGCCCCGGCAUGUUACCUCCUCGCACGUUGAGGCGAAAGAAGUAACUUGUUGGUCGCGGCGGACGCCGUGGAAACGGCGGCGACUACCAAUAAUAGACCGAAUAGGAACAUUUCUAGAGUACUACCUUACUACUCACAUCAUGCACUAGCCCCAACUGCCCAGUCCUUUUACCCGUGCCAUCGAGCAUGCUCAAGACAUAGCUUCGAUGGCGACACGAGCCGCAGCGCCACCCGCUUGAGUCGGAGCCGUGCAUUCGGCUGGCACGGGUGACCCGGGACCGCCCAAAGAUGUCAUGCCCAGGCGAUUUUCGCCUACGGAGAUAUUCUUUGGGGAUCCUGACGUCGCCUCGUACGAAAAUAGACAUGGAAAAAUAAAGACGACAAGGGUCUCUCGUCACGUUCAUUUGAUGUUUGUGAUGAAAAUGCUUAAGAACAUCAGACAAACCCCUCCUCAGCUGCUUCGUUCCCUUCUUAUUACAGCCAGACAUACUCUAAGCAACUUUACUUCCGAUCUAUCCAAACAUCGCGGCUACCCUGUACAAUCUGCCUAAUCAACUAAACUUAAUACAAACAUCUACGCAAUCUCUCAACAUGCAGUUCCGCGCUUCUCUCGCUGCCGCCGCCGGCCUCUUCGCCAUGGCCAACGCUCGCAUCUACGGCAUCGCCUUGCCCGAGACCGUCAAGGCCGGUGAUGAGGUCCAGGCUAUCAUCGAGACUGAGAACUACAUCCAGACUGUCGCGGACAUCGCGAUCGCCUUUGGAAUCGCCCCCGAGGCCUCCGCCUACCCCGGAACUCUCGGCCAGAACGUCUUGGGCUCAUUUUACCUUGGGCCUGAAAAGUCCAAUGUUCUCGACAACAUCACCGAAACGGUCACGAUCCCUGCUGGUCUCGCAGCUGGCAAGUACGUUGUAUCUGCCGGCCUGUACAGCUUGUACGGCGCCUCUUCGUCCUCGACCCUAUCCAACUACAACGUCACCAUCACCGUCGGUGAUGCGACUAGCGAGACCUACGUUGGUAGCCAACAGUAAAUUCGAUUGACCACGAUCACGAGAGCAUCUCAUUGCAUAUAAACGGCGUUGGACUUUGAUUUCCACUUUUUCAAGCUUGAAGGGGGGUUUCGUAGUGGGUUCGUAACCCAGAUUCGAGCACAUCUGAGCUGGGCAGCCCCAUGUACUAGUGGUAACUUGACGUUUGCACAUACAUUCGGGGCUAGAUUGUUCAUGAUCACAAAUACAUCCAAGACUACAUGGC